UUUUAUUAUUCGUACGCGACCCACCACGUCAGGAAGGGUCACCUGUUGUUGAGAAAUGUUCGCCCGUACAAAACUGCUAGACCGCAUACUAGUAAUGUAUGUAGUAAUGUACUAGCACUAAAAAAUUCUAUUUGAGUCUAGUUGGUGCUAGGGGAUGGGUCAAUGAAAGUGGAGAUCCAUUAUGCGAACCAAAUCUUGCCCCUUUCACCCAGAACCUUUUGCAGGUCACUCAGUGAUAAGUGCUAUGUGCGAAAUAUACAGCCUGCUUUAAAACAUGGUCAUUGUCCCUUCCAUAAACGGAUAACACAAAAGCCUUUUAUAGAUGAGCUGAGAUUAUGGGCGAUUAGAAAAACUCUACCUAUCGGUGAAGUAGACACCUGGCGGUAACUCGGAAUAACCGACUACUCAUUUAACAUAUGAAUCAAUGUGUAUAAAUAACUUGGCAUUCCUAACGUAGUCUUUACAACACACAUAGACCCAUUCUAAAGACAUUUUGCACUGACACCCAACCCAAUUUCGAAGAAUUUCUACGCUACGUUCUCUUUGCCGCAGUGGAUUUUUAACGGCCGCCCUUGGAGCUGAGGCAGUAGCCUUCAUCACUGGAGCUUUUUCCUUGGCCACAGGUCCCUUUCCUGCCAUGGCUUCUUAUAGCACUACCCUAUUUUUCAGCUUGCUUCCAACCACUUAUGCGUUCAGCAGCGGCAGAAGCACUAGCUGUAGCUGGAACUUCAUGCACGACAGCAUUUUCUGCAUUACUUUUGAAAAAAGCCCGCCUUCAAACAGUCCCGGGCACGGAAGCCAUCCUCGCCAGGCAACGCCGGUGGACAAAUAAUUGUUAUGAGAAUAGUUAUUGUCCUAGUUGGGCAGACUUAACUGCCUCUCAGGCAACACGUCCUCGUUACUGUCGGCCUUUUCCUCCGAAAAACUGCGAGAUUAGGUGAACUUCCAUCAAGUGUUAAAACGUCAAAAGCGAGAGCUUCCUCGUUUAACUUUCCAUCGUGAUUUUUUCGAGAACACGGGCCAUUCUGCAUGCGUAAAUCGAUACACAAACCCUCGCUAGCGUCAGACAUAUUUGAAGCGACGGCGCUGUAUGGCAGAAUGUCAAAUGCAGACGCAUUCCGCAUCGUUAAUGUUUGUUUGUAUUGAGGUUGCUAUUAAAUCAGGUGGAGUGCGCGUCUCAAGGGUACAGAGACCGUGCAAUUUAAAGUAACGUGAAAAGUAGACUGGGUUUUAACGUGACUUCAUACCGUACUAAAAGCUGAAGCGUUUGUGAACUUCUGUUAAUAAGUAGCUCAACAAACUUCACAAGGGCCUCUGAAAGAGGCAUUUAGGAUUUUCAGUACGCUGACAGGCUUACAAAUGAAUCUAAUAGAUGCUUAUGUUGAACAGAAGCUGAAAACGCGAGCCGCUAAUGGCAGUAGCGUAUAAAGAGAAUUUCGCAUUGCGUAGAAAUACUCUCAUAUCCCCCAAAAUACAAUUGCGCUAACGAUGACUUGUUCAUUAGUAGUAGACGUUAGCCAAAACGUUACAUUCGUGAACGUGAAUGUUCAAAAUUUCAAAAGAGAAUCUUCGCCGUAAAAACGCGUACGAAGAGACACACUUGUAUUUGAUGACCUUUACAUGACAUUUGUAUAGAACGCCAUUCCGCAUCUCGGUACCACGCCGGUUAGCUAGGCACCGCCCCAAAAUGUACGCAGGAAAAUGAAAUUUCAGUGACGAAAACAACCACAAGGCCCGUUAGCAUCCAGAGACAGAGCUAAAAACAACACUCUUUUUACCAAAUGCUGUUUGGACGAUUGUCGUCUGAGUUUAACAUCAUCGAUACGAGUUACAAGGCCCAUGGAAGUUGCGCACCCAUAGAUUUACGAGGGAGAGAUGAUGGAUCGUCCAUGGGCGAGGGUCGAGCACGAAAUUAAGCCGAGAGUUCCAAUUCUACUGGCUGACGGCUGAAGACGGCCAGCCUUCGCGAGCCAAACUUGAACAGUUAAAACUACGCAAACUCGAGAAGGAUUGUAGGGAAGCCGUAUCUGUCGUUGCGGCUACAAGUUGAGAUUUUAGUGAACUUUCGCUAUAAAACCGGUACUUCAGAGGUUUGAACUAGUGGAAAUGGUUAUUUUCAUUGUUUAAAUCUUGUAAGUGAUCGCGAGUGGUAUUGAGGAGGUUGGCAGGCUCGACGCAGAUCAUUCGUGGAAUUACUUUGGCAGAUAGAGCUAAUUAAAGCGUGCCGGAGAGGGUGUUCUCUGAAGAAGGGCAAGUAUCUUCACGAAAAAAGGCCCAUGCACAGCAUGGGAUGCGGAAACUCCAAAUCCGUCACUCCGGUUGAGACCACGACAGCUAACUCUACCGUGCCGCAGACAUCCCCGGUUGCAUUUGAAAUCGGUUUGGAAGAUGUUAGCACGCCUGGAGAAUCGGACGGCAAAGACCUUAAAAAACCACCGCGUCGUCUCGAGCGGCUUGUUAACGAAUCAGGACCCAUAAUCACGUCAGAGGAUGUUGAAGAAAAAUUACGCAGAGCAGAAGAACGUAGACAAGAGAUAAUCGAAGAACGGGUAAAAAAUUCCCGUCUGCUCGCCGAAAAGAUGAAAGCGCGAGUGACCACGACCACCGAUGAAACAGAUCCGUUUCCGGACCGAAGCUGAAAUUUCUAAUACUAAUAAUUUAUAGUAUCAGUCACUAUUCUAUUCGUUGCUAUAGUAAAACAAUCAAACUCAAUGGAUAACCAAUUACUAUA